CAAAAUCUUAAGUUUUUUGUUUUCCAUUUCUCAUCUUGGUCUCCAAUCAACAACACAUAAUUUACUUUAAUUGUGAUUUAGUAUUAAGCCCAAAAGUGAUUUAAAAUCGUUCCAACAAUUAGUUAACCAUAAUCAAGAUGCAUUGUGAAAAUAACGAUCAGAGUUUGACCAAUGGUUUUGCUAAACAAUCAAUUCGAGACAAAGAAGCUCUUUGUGUCUUAUUUUGUAUGAAGGAAAAUGUUGGUGCUUUGGCUGAAGCUCUCAGGAUAUUCAAGGAGUUUGGUGUCAAUUUGUCACAUAUCGAAUCAAGAUCAUCAAAAAGAUUCUCAGAUGAUUAUGAAUUUCUCAUUGAGAUUGAUACUCAUUCCGAAUCAGCAAAUAUUGACAAAGCUUUGGCUAAUCUCCAGGAGAUUACAACUUACAUGCAAAUAAUUUCCAGAGAACCAAGAGGAAAAGAAUCAGUUCCAUGGUUUCCGGUCAAGAUAAAGGAAAUUGACCGUUUCGCUAAUCAUGUUUUAUCUUAUGGCUCAGAAUUGGAUGCUGAUCAUCCGGGAUUCAAAGAUCCAGUUUAUCGUGAACGUCGUAAAUAUUUUGCCGAUUUGGCCUUUAAUUACAAACAUGGACAACCUUUACCCCGAGUCGAUUAUACUGAUGAAGAGAUUGGUACUUGGAGGGCAGUUUACAAUCAAUUAACUGGCCUUUACCCGACUCACGCUUGUCGUGAACAUAAUCACAUUUUCCCGUUGAUGAUUGAAAACUGUGGCUAUGGGCCAGAUAAUAUACCACAAUUAGAAGAUGUUUCCAAUUUUCUUAAAGAUUGUACUGGUUUCACUUUACGUCCAGUCGCUGGUCUUUUGACUUCACGAGAUUUUCUUGCUGGUUUGGCUUUCAGAGUUUUCCAUUCAACUCAAUACAUUAGGCAUGCCUCAGUUCCCCUGUACACCCCUGAGCCCGAUAUUUGCCAUGAACUUUUAGGCCAUGCACCUUUAUUUGCCGAUCCAGCAUUUGCUCAAUUCUCACAAGAAAUUGGCUUAGCUUCAUUGGGAGCACCCGAUGAGUAUAUUGAAAAAUUAGCUACUUGUUAUUGGUUUACCGUUGAAUUUGGCAUUUGCCGACAAGAUGGACAGAUCAAGGCCUAUGGUGCUGGUCUACUCUCCAGUUUCGGUGAACUUCAGUACUGUUUAACUGAUAAACCAGAAAUUCGACCCUUUGAUCCCCAUGUGACUGCUGAACAAAAAUAUCCGAUUACAGAAUAUCAACCAAUCUACUUUUUGGCUGAAAGCUUCGAAAAAGCCAAAGAAAAGCUCAGAGAAUUUGCUUUCUCAAUUCCAAGGCCAUUUACCGUUCGAUAUAAUUCUUACACACAGUCAAUCGAAAUUCUUGAUCGUAAGAAUCAAUUAGAAGAACUUGUUAGGACAAUUAAGGGUGAAAUGGAGAUUCUCAAUGAUGCCAUCAGGAAAAUUCAAUGAUUUGGAAUCUAAAUUUCAACGAUAAUUAUUCAAAAACGAUUGUGGCAUUUACGAUGAAAGAAAAUAACAAUUAAGAUUUUAAAACAAUUUGCUCACAUAAAUUAAAUGAUUUAAUUGAUUGCCUAUCUAA